ACUUAGUGGCAGUCCACCACACUAUAUUAAUACCCUCCCUUCUUCCCCAAUUAAACCCACUUAUAUAAUUAUCAUUGACUUUAUACCACUCUCUUAAAAAAACAACAUUAAUCAUAUUCUAUAACUUUAUUAUUCCAAUUAAUCCCCUCAUUUUCUUCCUCAAAUCAUCUAUUAAUCCCUCCAUUAACACUUUCUGGUUAUGGACAGAGUACUUUUUGUGUUUGGUUCUUUUACUAGAUAUUCCUGCUGAUUGGAUAAAUUAGCUUAUAAAAAAUAAAUUUUAUAGAGGAGAUUUUAUUUUCAGGAAAAAAAAAAUUAUAAGAAGCUGGGUUUUUUAACUUAGUUCUGAUUGUGAUGAUGAAGAUGGAUCAAAAGCUAAUUCCACAGCUCCAUAAAACUGAGUCAGGCCGAGUUGGAAGACUCGAGAGAUUCUCCCAUUAUGUUGCAAGACAAAUUGGGUUUGAAGAUCCGAAAGAAUGUCCGCAGCUAUGCAAUUUGGCAAACAAUUACUUGAAGAAAACAGAAGGAAGUGAAAGUUGCAUCUAUGAAUUUUUGUCAAAUCACACAGAACCUGAUUUUCUUUAUGUCAAAUUAAUUGAAGAGUUUGAUCGUUGCAUUCUUAGUUAUUUUUCUUUCCAUUGGAGCCAAAUUCCUGCCAUGAUUACUCAUGUGUUGGGCAGUGAUGAUGAUGAGAAGAAAACAAAAUUGAAAGAUUUUGUGAUGGCUGCAACAAGGAAACAAAGAUUUGAGAGGGUGAUAAAGAAUUUGAAAGUUGCAAGAGUGUUUGCAACACUAGUAGAAGAGAUGAAGGCCAUUGGUGGUUUAACAACAACAUCAAACAACGAAGCCAAAUGCACGGAAGUAAUGGUGCCGGUGGCUCACAACAAGAGAAGUCCUGUUCUCCUUCUCAUGGGUGGUGGAAUGGGUGCCGGCAAGAGCACUGUCCUUAAGGACAUCCUUAAUGAGCCAUUUUGGUCAGGAGUAGCGGCAAACGCAGUGGUUGUAGAAGCAGAUGCUUUUAAAGAGACAGAUGUGAUUUAUAGAGCCCUCAGUUCAAAUGGUCAUCAUGGGGAUAUGAUUCAAACUGCUGAAUUGGUGCACCAAUCAUCAACAGAUGCAGCAUCGUCAUUAUUAGUGACAGCCCUAAACGAAGGGAGGGACGUAAUAAUGGACGGAACAUUAUCAUGGAUGCCCUUUGUGGAACAAACCAUAGACAUGGCUCGUAACGUUCAUAAAUACAGAUACCGAAUGGGAGUUGGCUAUAAAGUAGCAGAAGAUGGAACCAUCACUGAGACUUAUUGGGAGAAAUUGGAAGAUCAUCAUUCAAAUUGUAAACAAUCAAAGGGAACGAAACCUUACAGGAUUGAGCUUGUUGGAGUGGUUUGUGAUGCUUAUCUUGCUGUUGUGAGGGGUAUCAGGAGAGCAGUCAUGAUAGGAAGGGCAGUGAGGGUGAAAUCACAGCUAAAAUCACACAAGAGAUUUGCAAGUGCUUUCUCUAAUUAUUGUCAACUUGUUGACAAUGCUAGACUCUAUUGCACUAACGCCGUCUGUGGACCACCCCGGUUGAUAGGGUGGAAGGAUGGGAACAGCAGGCUAUUAGUUGAUAUGGAAGAAAUACAAUGUCUAAACAUAUUGGGUGACCUUAACGAGGAAGCCGAGUCCAUUUACGAACUUCAUACUGAUCAAACCCCACUUUCUCAUCCGGGUUCAGCCUGGAAAGAAAUGGUUUUAUCACCUUUAAGGCUCAAUAUUCAAAUGGAUCUCAAGGCUGCCAUUUCUCUAUCUGAACUUGUUACUGCUCCAUAAUCACUACCCCAUUUUACUUUUGGCAUGCUAUUUUAUCACAAGUAAUUGUAUGAGAUGAUUUCACUUUAAAAUUGUGUUUUAUGCAUCGGUGAAAUCAUCUCUUAAGAAAAGUUGUUCUUUUAUUUGGUUUUUAACUGUGAUUCAAAGGGAAUCCUAAUUUUGUAAUUUGGAACUAAAAUAAUUAAUACAUAAUUUUUCAAA